UACCAACCUGCUCCACAGCCCGAUGAUCAUAGACCAGACCCCAGAAACUCGACUCUGUCUGGCCCAGGCCUUGGCUCAGCAGUUCUUUGGCUGUUUUAUCUCCAGAAUGUCAUGGGCUGAUGAGUGGGUGCUGAAAGGGAUUUCUGGCUACAUCUAUGGACUCUAUCUAAAGAAGACCUUUGGAGUCAAUGAGUAUCGGCAUUGGAUCAAAGAGGAACUGGACAAGAUUGUUGAGUAUGAGCUCCAAAUGGGAGGGGUUUUGCUGCACCCCACCUUCAGUGGAGGCAAAGAAAAAGACAAUCCAACACCCCACCUUCACUUCUCCAUCAAGCACCCACACACCCUGUCCUGGGAGUACUUCAAGAUGUUUCAGUGUAAGGCCCACCUGGUGAUGAGGCUGAUAGAAAACAGAAUCAGCAUGGAGUUCAUGCUGCAGGUUUUUAACAAACUUCUGAGCCUGGCCAGCACAGCCUCAUCUCAGACAUAUCAGACCCACAUGUGGAGCCAGAUGCUUCUGUCCACUUAUGCCUUUCUCAAAUCCAUCUCCAAUGUUUCUGGCAAAGACAUUGGCCCCCUUAUCAAACAAUGGGUAGACCAGAGCAGUGUGGUGAAAUUCUUUGGCAGCUUUGCCUUUAACAGAAAGAGGAAUGUGCUGGAGCUGGAGAUCCGUCAGGACUACACAUCAUCUGGAACUCAGAAAUAUGUGGGUCCCAUCAAGGUUACUGUACAAGAACUGGAUGGGUCCUUCAACCACACUCUGCAGAUCGAGGAGAACAGCCUGAAGCAUGACAUCCCUUGCCACUCAAAGAGCAGAAGAAACAAGAAGAAGAAGAUUCCUCUGAUGAAUGGUGAAGAAGUUGACAUGGACUUGUCUGCCAUGGAUGCCGACUCCCCGCUCCUCUGGAUCCGAAUCGACCCAGACAUGUCUAUUUUAAGGAAAGUGGAGUUUGAGCAGGCGGACUUCAUGUGGCAGUAUCAGCUGCGCUAUGAGAGGGAUGUGGUGGCUCAGGAGGAAGCCAUCUCAGCACUGGAAAAAUUCCCCACUCCUGCCUCCAGACUGGCUCUAACGGACAUCCUCGAGCAGGAGCAGUGCUUCUACAAAGUUCGCAUGCAGGCCUGCUUCUGCUUGGCUAAGAUUGCCAACGCCAUGGUAAGCACAUGGCAGGGUCCACCAGCUAUGAAGUCUCUGUUCACCAGAAUGUUUUGCUGUAAGAGCUGCCCCAACAUCGUCAAGACCAACAACUUCAUCAACUUUCAGAGCUACUUCUUGCAGAAGACGAUGCCUGUUGCCAUGGCUUUACUCAGAGAUGUGCAGAACCUCUGCCCCAAAGAUGUUCUCAACUUCAUACUGGACCUCAUCAAGUACAAUGACAACCGCAAGAACAAAUUUUCAGACAACUACUACCGUGCAGAGCUGAUCGAGGCCCUAACCAACUCGCUCACUCCAGCCAUCAGCAUCAACAACGAGGUGCGCACAGUGGACAAUUUAAAUGCUGACGUUCGUCUCAUUUUGGAGGAAAUCACACGGUUCCUAAACAUGGAGAAGCUGCUGCCAAGCUUCAGGAACACCAUCACUGUUAGCUGUUUGAAAGCUAUUCGUGAGUUUCAGAAGAACGGUCACAUCCCCAGUGACCCGUCGCUCUUCAAGUCUUACGCCGAGUACGGACACUUCGUGGACGUUCGGGUUGCUGCACUGGAAGCUCUAGUUGAUUACACAAGAGUUGAAAGGAGCACCACAGAACUGCAGUGGCUGUUCAACAAGGUCCAGAAUGACCCUGUCCACUAUGUCAGACAUCAGAUUCUGGGCAUGCUCUGUAAGAACCCCCCCUUCACCAAGACGGCAGACUCAGCUCUGUGUAAUGAAGCUCUGGUCGACCAGCUCUGGAAGCUCAUGAACUCAGAUGGACGACGAGCCAGACCCUGUUUCUCUGGGGGUGUGUGGAGUGGGCCAGCCUCCUCAGGGCCUGAAGAGGAAGGCUGAGACCCCUAUGGGGUCUCCUCCGGAGCCAGGACAGGUUCUGCAGCAACAGGACGAUGAUGGAAGAGCGGGUCGCUACAAGAUCAGGUUCAACACCAUGGAGGAAGAAGAUAUUGAUAUGGAGACUGUUCAUGACAGUCAGGCAUUCAUUCACCAUCAGCUCAACCUGUUAGAGAGACCCUCUACUCCAGGUAAGGAGCCUCCGCUGGUGGAACAGACCUUGCUGUCCAUACCCAGCACACCUGUGCCCUCCUUCUCUAAGGAGACCGCUUCCUCGUCUUCCAAGCAUGGAGGCGACCACAGCCAUCAUCACCACCAUCACCACCACGAGCACAAGAAGAAGAAGAAAAAGCACAAGCACAAACACAAGCAUAAGCACAAGCAUGAGAGCAAAGACAAGGAGAAGGACAGAGACAAAGACAGAGACAACCUCCAUGCUUACAGCCCGGCCAGCGGCAGGUCUCUGCGCUCGCCUUCGCUGUCCGACUGAACAUCUGGAUGGGGUUCAGCUCCAGCUUCUGCUGACCCAGAUACAAAUCUUUCUGACGUCCAGUGCAGAGUGGCGACAUGCCGGUUUCUACGUUUGAUGCAGCAGCUUUGGUUUUAUUCUUUGGUUUUUAUCUGACUCAUUUGGACUUCUAAUAGUUUACUUGUAAUCCUUGUAAUCCCAGAGACAUCUUGGUGUCCUCCCACAAUGCAUCUCUACACUUUACUGCCAACAUGCAGCGUACCGUUUGUGAGGUCGGAUGACCUCUGAUGUCUGAAAUUUUUGCUAACGUCCAUUUUCUUACAAACUGACAGGAACAUACAAC